AUGACAGACUUACUCGGGCGUGCUGGGAUGACCGAUUGCAAGCCUCUCACUACGCUAGCUGUCGUCACUAAACCAGUUACCUCGUCUGAUGAACUGUUUGAUAAUCCCACACAGUAUCGUCGAAUAGUAAGGGAGCUGCAGUAUCUCACCAUCACACGCCCGGACCUCUCUUUUUCGAUCAACCGACUGUGUCAAUUCAUGCAUGCACCGACUGUUGAUCAUUGGGCCUUGGUUAAGCGUGUGUUGCGCUAUGUCAAGGACAAGAAGAGCACCAGUGGUUAUGCUGUGUUUCUCGGGGACAAUCUCAUCUCUUGGCAGUCUAGGAAGCAGCGCACCGUGGCUCGCUCAUCCACCGAAGCUGAAUAUAAGGCCUUAGCCGAUGUUGCAGCUGAGGUGACCUGGGUUGUGUCUUUACUCCCCGAGUUAGGUCUGCACGGCAGGCAACCUUCCAGCAUUUGGUGUGAUAACUUGGGUGCCACUUAUCUCUGCGCUAAUCCAGUUUUCCACGCACGAACGAAGCAUGUCGAGAUCGACUAUCUUUUGUUCGUGACAAGGUUGUGA